AUGGACCUCAUGGGCGCCAGCCUGGCGCGCGGGCGGCAGCUCUGCGCCAGGGCCGGCCCCGAGCCAUGGAAGCACAACGAGACGAGGAACGAGGGCGGCUGCCCGAACGAGUGGCGGCCUUCGAACCAGCGCCAGAGAGAAAUCGACCGCUUCGGCGCCUGCAAGGCGCGCCGACUCGCCCGCAGGCGGCGCCGCGACGCCUGCGAGACGGGGCUUCGCGCAGCUGGCAUCAACACACAGACGAGGUACAUCGUGAUCCAGAUCCCCAACCAGAGUAAGCCCCAUGAUGGGCACCAGAGCGACUGGAAGGGCGACGUGCAGCCCGAGGAGCAGAACGCGCCGCCCGACACGGACCUCGAAGCGGAACGGCUCCUGGGCGAACCGCUAGACCUCGCGCGCCCUGCGCCGCCAGCGGUCGCCUACCCCACGGAGGUCUACCUGCAGGCGCGUGCAGAGGCGUUGGUGGCGGCCGUUGGCGGGGACUCGGGCCCUGCCGUCGCGGACUUCGUGGCCAUCUUGGAGCAGGUCUUGGUCAACGUGCUCAGCCAGCUCGAGGUCGAGGGCAUUCCGGCGUCGCCCAUCGUCCACGGCCGCGCUGUGCGGGCGAUUCGGGCCGUCUUCGACGCGGCGGGGCUGCCGCCGCCCAGCUUGGGCGCGCCAGUGUCCACGGCGGCUGCGGCUCGGCCUUCUGGGGCCCCGCAGGACGAGCCCUCGCCCGCGCCGGCGGCGGGCGACAAGCCGCGGUUCUCGGACAUCAUCGACCCGGGGGCGGAGGGCGCCUUCAACCACCUUCUCUCAAAGGACGACGUGACGGUGGCGCGCGAGAGGCGCGUCGCGGUCACAGGGGGGCCCCCGCCCGAGCACGCGCGGCCUUCGGCCGCGCAGAUCUCGGGGCUCGCGGCGCUGCUAAAGGCCAAGGCCUCGCCCUAUGUCGAUUUCGCCGUGUUCGGGACGUUUGGCCGCAGGAGGGCGAAAGCCGGGCAGUUCGAGGCGCAAGCCUUCGUGGACGGGCGCCUCGAGACGAGGGUGCUGUCGGGCCCCUCGAACUUCGAGGCCUGGCGGUCGUCCUGGCAGGUCUUGCGCUCGUGCUUGAUCUGCCUGGGAGCCGCCCCGUCCGCGGCGUCGGACGCGUGCGAGGAUGGCACCCGUCAGCUCUCCAUCCUGUGCCCGUCCAACUGGGGCGUCAUCCUCGGGGCCGACGACGCGGUCAGGUCCGAGAAGUGGGGCGCUCUCCUGGAGGGGCACCUCGCAUUCAACCCGGAUGACGACCAGGCGCGGGCGCACGUCACCAGCGCCACCGCCCCCGGCGGCGAGCCGCCGGUUGCCCGGUCGGCCCACCGGUGGUGGAUGCGCGCGGGCCGGCAGCGUGGCCCGCGGGGCGGCGGCGGCCAGGCUGGCGGCCAGCAGCGGGCGCAGCCGCCGCCGCAGCGGCAGCCGCAGCAGCAGGGCCCGGCAAGGCAGGGUUCGAGCGCUGGCGGGGGCGGCGCCCCGGCCGCUGACAAGCCCACCGAGGCGUGCAACCUCUGCUUAGAGAUUCUUCGCGCCUGUUAA